UGUGGGAGGAUAUAACUCCCAUCCUCAUGUGCUUGACCCAUUCAAAACAAGUGAGUGUGAAAGGCCCGGCCACACAGGCACCCAAACAGACAGCGCAGUAUGCUGGUGGCAGAUGUCUUCUACACUGGAGCACUGAUGCUCUGCUGGACCAGUCUCUGCGUGAUCCUGCAGGUCUCACAUGGACAACAACUGAUCCCAGUCCAGGACCCCACGACAACAGGAGACCACCACGCAACGGGUUCCACAGAGACCAGAGAUGAUUUGGAAAUUAAAAACCGUGUUCCUCUCUGUGCGCCGUGCUUUGUGGAUGAUAUAUUUGCAGCGUUGCGAGAAGGUGUGGGCAACAACGGUGAACUCACAAACCACAGUCUGGCGCUGUUUGGAGUCUGCACAGCAUCUGGUUCAUCAGGCUCAGUCUUAUUAGAGCUUACAAAGGAAUCAAAGAGAAAUCAGAGAAAUGGACUGGAGCUUCUGAAUCGAGAUGGAGUGCUCUCAGCAGAGGAAGAUGAGACAGGAACACUCAAGUUGACCUUUGACCUCCCACGAUCUCCUCUGCUGGGGCUGAACCCUGUGCUGCUCUUGGGGUGUGAAAGUCCCAUCACAGGAGGUAACCUGGACAUCACUUUCACUAGCGAGUCGCUUCAACCUAAUACACAGUCUGUGUGUAUUUCAGGAGAAACAAAGUACAUGAUGCUAAUGGGAAAAUCAUCAGAGGGCAAUGUUCACCAGAAAUGGAGGAUUUCUGUUGACACAAAAUCCCCUGACAUGAAGCAAAGCCUGAAAGACACCCUCAUUCGUGAAAAAUCAGGAAGCAGCAUCAGCACGACUCCACUUCUGCUUUUCUCAGGCGAAAGGGGAACUGAUACAAGUUACACUCAUGUCGCAGGUUCAUCCCCAGCCUCUUCACAGACGUCCUCCUUCCUCUGUGAGCUGAAGCGAUUCCUGGGUGAUGUCAUGCCUCAGGACCAAACUGAGUCCCCACCGCUCCAGCUGACCUCCCUGCAGUCCCUGCCUCCCCUAACACUGGGAAUAUCCUCCAGCGAAUCCCUGCUGGCGGGGCUGAUCAACUCCUCUGCCCUCACCAUCUUCUCCUUCGCCAGCUGUUGCUCCGUGUUCCGGGUGCAUCGUGGAGAGCUGGCCCUGUCUCCUGCACUGCUGGAGGAGCUCAGGCAGAGGUUGGAGCAGGCUGUGAUGCAGAUAAUGGAGGUAAUAAGAGAGGAGGAGGUGGGUCACAGGGCCACGGAGAGGCUCGGGAGGCUCAUAGAACUCUGCGUCCCCCAAGAAGGAACCAACAACAGAACAGGAGAGAGUCAGUACCGUGCAUUUCUUCUGCUGAAGGCUCUUCAGACGGUGGCCCGUACAUAUGAGGUGAAGAGAGGACUGCGGGCUACCAGAGCUGACCCCAACAAUCCAGUGAGGGGUGACCAGUGUGGGCUGAGGGACCUCACUGUGUCUCUCGAAAAGCACGUUAUUGGUCCAAACACUGCCAACAUCAACAACUGCCAUGGCUCCUGUGCCGUCCCUCUGGUCAAUCCCAGCAACCAUGCCAUCCUGCUCAACUCCCAUAUUGAGGGCGAGCAGGCUGCGAGUGGGAAUGUGGAUCAACGGGCUCCGUGCUGUGUGCCUGUGGCUUACGAAGACUUGGACCUGGUACUCUUAAAUGCGCAAGAGACUGGGACUGAACUCAGGCGCCUUCAGUAUGUGGUGGCGAGGGAGUGUGGGUGCCGCUAAAGCUGUUUUCUUCUCAAAAAAAAUAUUUUCCAUGUCUGGUUUAACAGUAACUGACCACAGCCUGUUUGGUGGAGGAAAAGUCUGUGUGUCAUCAUGUGUCAUUUAUUUGUUCACACAGAAUUAAUUGUAGCAAAUGCACAUAUUAAUUCACAGAGGUCUCUAUAGGCUAUAUACGUUCACAUAUAGAGAUGAUGUCUUAUUAGCAGUCGAUGCACAUGGCGAUUGAAAACAAAACACCAAAGAUAGGUCUUUGUCUUUGCCUAACAUCAGUUUGAGUAUUAUCAUCUUUCUCGAUAAAUAUUUUGCUUUUACAAUGUAAGUUUUGUUUCAUUGUGAUAAAUCUCUUAUUAUCCAUCAGACCACUACUGCCCUUUAAGUAAAAUUAAAAUUAGGAGUGAAAAUAUUGUUCUAAAACUACUGCUACUGAUGCCAGUAUAAGUCUGUGUUACAAGGUGGUGGCAAGUGACAUUUCUAAAUCUUCUAAAAAGUGGAUUUGAUUGAAUGAUUUAAAUUAUAUAUUAAAUGUACUAAACAUUUCUGAAUAAUGCACACAUGCAUGUACAGUACAAACACAGCCUUCUGUAUCUUUAUAUAAUUAAAUGCAAAGUGUAUUGAA